AUGAUGAAGUCGAAAGUAGUACAAUUAAAAAAUAAGAACAUUAAAAAUAACAUUGUACGUUAUAAGAAGCCACCAUCUAAUUUUGGAGCUGUAGAAAAAAUUAGACUGAGCCUUGGUCAAGAACAAUGUGAAAAACGCAAGAAACGUCGAAUAAACGAAUUUGAGAAAAAUCGAAUCAUUGCCUCACCCUGUUCAGUGACAUCGCAAAAAGAUGAAAUUAGAACAAAGGUAGCAGAUUGGAAAGAGAAGCGGAUGAGAAAAGAGAAAGCAAAGAAAUCAAAUAAAAAGCCUCCGUUUAUAGUUGGAAUCGUUCGUCAUCAUAUUUAUUCUCCGAUAUCAACAAACUCAAUGACAUCUAGGAGAAAGAAGAAAUCAGUUACUCAAGAGCAUAAAAACUCCAAUGUUAUAAAGGGAAUUACAAAAGCUACGGAGAAGCGGAUACAAGCUAAAAUGGCAGCAAAAGCUGAAAUGAAACAAAAAUCGCCUACAACUCCGACCAGGACAAAGUCUUCUACGAAAUCGGAUAACGAAAUCGAAGUCACCAAAUCGUUUGCUCCUUCUGAUUAUAAAUUUAAUCCGCCCGCUGAAUUACCAAUAUUCAGAAUAUCUUUACUUGAAAAAACACUUACAGAAAGCAAUUCCUUAAAGAAAAAUAAUGCUUUUGCAUCUGAUAUUUCAAUGGAAGCAACUGACAAGAAAUUAGCUUCUCAUAAUUUUGGUUCUAUAGAAUCGAUCACGUUGAUGUUAUCACCAAUUAAAUCGGAAACUUCAGAUUUAUCGCAAAAAAUGCAAACAAUUUUGAGAUUGAACAACAAUGAUGAAAUUUCACCUUUAGGACUUUCUGCACAUAAGCUUCCAGGUUCGUCAGAACUAUUCGAUAUACAACUUGCAGUAAGAGCUGAUACAACAAACAAUUCUGAUGUGCCAGUAAAAGAAACGAAAUAUAACGUUACAUAUUUUAAACGUCUGUUGUAUGAAGAAGAAAAUAGGCUUCAAAAACUUUGCGAGAAAUGGACGGAAAUUCAAUCACAAACGGAUGAUAUUGCGAGAGAAAAGACGGUAACAUGCUGGUAACUUGUAUGGAUUUACAUGGAUUUUGGGACACGAUGAACCUACAAAUAAAGGAUUGCGAUUCGCGAUUUGCAAAAUUGGAGGAACUUCGUGCUAAAUGUUGGCAAAGGGAUCAGUCGCUUUUUGUAAAAUCUACUGGAAUUAAGAAAAAGACAGUUAGUAAA